CACUGCCCAACUUGUCACGACGCGGGAGCGCAACUGGAUUGAAUGGAAGAUUGGCCUGUGUAAAGACAUUGCCAAGGCGCCGCUCCCCUUCAUAGACAUGGAAUCUGUGCGCCGACAGAUGAAUGACACGGCGAGUGAGGAGCGUCGUUUCCCCAGCAUGAUCGCUAUCGAUCUUGUAGAGGCGUACGAUGAUCUCAUGAACGGUUAUGAAGGUCCGGCAGAUCUGGAGCGCGAUCUUCACAUUCCGACGCUGGAUGACUUGUUGAAACGCUACAAGAUGCCCCAAGAGAGGCUGACGAAGAGGCGCAAAAUCAUCGACACGGCACGGCAAAAGCAGGAGCUCGCUAAUCAGAAAGCCUCUGAAGCACGAAAGGCUCAAGCGGCUGAGACUUUAGCGAAGGAGCGUGAAAAGCUAUCCGAGAGUCAGAAGGUCGCCGCACCUACUGCGAAGCCAGCCGAGGUGAAGAAGGAUGAGAAUGCGUUGCAGCUGAACAUGGCCAAUAAGCUUGGCACGCCUCCAGCAACGCCUCCCCGCCCGGCGACCCCUCCGGUCUCGCAGUCCACUGCUGCUUCCCCUUUGCCGUCUGGCUCUCUCAGUCUAGCCGGAACGAGCAAUCCCGC